AUGCAGAGCGCAAACAACGUCAACAAGCGCGAUGAUCCCUAUCACUUCUUUGGUGACCUUUGGCUUGAAUCCCCCGAGGAGCAUCUCAGCAGGGAAGAGUUAUCCCGCCUGAUGGCCUUCGAGCCUCUCAUCUGCGACUUGGAGAAUCGAACUCAAUGUUCGGCACACGAUAUACGCAACGCGUUCUCGAACUUUGCCUUACGUGAAACAGAAGCAUGGGAAAGUCUCGGAGUAGAAAGGUCUUUGAAACUACUGGUACAACCCAGUGGCGAUGUCGGUGCUGUUGUUGCCUGUCACCUUCACAAUCCUACCUUCUACGCAAAGGACCCAUACUGUAAAGAGACAGAAACCAAGUCAAAUCCUACAAUUCAGCAGGUUAAUCAAGCCGGUUUUUCGUCUCAAAAUUGUUUCAUCUUCGAUCACAUCUGUCGCCGUGACAGAACAGAAGACGUGCUGCUGUUCUAUAAUGACGAGAUAAUUGGGAUUCACGAAGACUUCAUGCUCUCUCUGAGGAGACGAAUGGGUGCUAAAGUCGAGAUAUGCUGGGGAAGACAUGUGCGCGAAAGGAUGAAGAAGCUUGUUAACCUUGUUCCCUUCAAACUCUGGGGUCGGUUCCAAGAUGUGGAGCUAUACCUAGAAUUAGAGGGCCAGAGGCUCAUAAGAUUCGUUAUCUUUGUGGCACACCCACAGUUCUUUUUUUAUCAUGGGUUUUUUACGGAGAAUGGUGUGCGUUUCAGAGCAACGUCUGCAAAAAAACAAGACCUAUACCUGACAGUCGCUAGCAAGCUGGGCGGCAUCGCAAUCAGGCAGGAUUUCUACGAGACCAUCCAUCGUCCUGCCCUCUAUGGGCAGUUCACCCGGGAACAUAGGGAAAUCGUCAAUCGGUUAGAAGCCGAUGCUGAUUCCCAGCUAAAGAAGGCAUUCCCACAGAAAUACCAUCAGCUUGAAUUGGCAAUGGAAGAACUACGGCGAUCUCACCAUAUCCACAACAUGUCUCGAUCUUUUCUCGAGGCUGCCGGACAAGUCCUUGUAGGUAGCACCAAUGUUCGCAAUACAACUCAGCUUCAGCUUCUGUCAGAACUUCCGUCUGAUUGGGACAGUAUUUCAGAGUGGCAUGAGAUCCCGGACCCACUCGUUGAAUGGAUUCACCAACAGGCUGGCCUUCAGGUAGACCAGAAGCCGAUUUCAUCCAAAGACGAGCUUCUGACAGCAUUCUACUUUUUAUCGCCUGCCAAUUACGGGCAGUCCCACGAGUCUCUUAUGCAUGUUAUCGUCAAGGUGGGAAUAUGGUACAUUACCAGGGUGCAAAAGAAAAGGCACGAGAGCGUUGUGGAUCUGAUCAUCCCUGGCGCAAGGCCUUACGACAUUGUCCGCAGAAAAUGUUCGAAAUGUGGCGAAAGAGUCCUUGAUGAUGCCUUUGCUUCUUACGCGAAGGAAGAUCCGAAAAAGUACGUCAUUUGGUAUCGUCUACAUGGAUGUGGCCGUCCAGCCUGCAGUUCUGCUGUAGAUGGUACCUGUUUUGCAAACCUUAUCCCGCUGGACCCAAACCAGGGCUACAAAAUCGCAACACGUCGGAGCCUCCAGUGUGCGCGGUCGGCAGUCUGGGAGGAAUACCUGCUGCGCCUGUCGGAGGAUGAACGAAGGGCCACGCAGAAGGAGGUCCAAACCCGCUGCGGAAACUGUGGGACUGAAGAAUACCUCGACAGAAAACCCAGGUGGACUGCCGAGCCAUCAUCAAGGUACGUCAUCCCCGUCCGGGGAUGCAGGGUAUGUAAGAAGAGGUUCUGUUCAUUUGUUCCGACGGACCCAAAGAUUGUCACCAUAUCAAAGGCUUCACUGAGCAAGAAAUGGAGAGAUCUCAAGCAAGCUGGUAUCGACCCAAUCGAUUAUCCUCGCAGGCCAGAGAUAUUAUGGUCACAUAAAUCGCACCUUACAAAGCGCAAGGAGUUGGAAAGGGAAAGAGACAUGCUUUUGGCUAAUGAGGAGGCUGAACUACUGAGUCAAGAGCCGAAGAAGAGGAACUUCAACUCGAAAAGAAGGCUGAAGUCUUAG